AUGGAUAUUCCUAAGAAACGCGAUGAUAGUCUACACAAUGCAGAUCGCAGGGCAAGAGAGCUAUACCGCUAUUACCAGCCUGCUUCCCAAGCUAAGGCGGUUCCAUCUUGGCUUCCUACGAACGAUGAAUUCCCGUUUUCUGCGAUUUCAGAAACUACAAUCACCCCACCAAUCUCCGAACGAUUAGUACCUUCACACGGCAGUGCAACUUUCCGACCAGCGACGGCAACUGGCUCGGAAGCUCUCGUUCUGGGCACCCCGAAUAAUACAAUGACGUCAUUUGCCCAGCUAGCGGCCUUGCGAUUGAACGUCGAGCGGGUGUUUAUCUCUGUUUUGGAUCGUGAUGUUCAGCACAUAGUCGCCGAGGCUACAAAAUCGCUCAAUUUGAACGAUCCGUCAGUUUACGAGGAUAAUGAUAAUAUCUGGUUGGGGGUAUCUAACUCUCGUAAGAUAUGGAGUGUCUGUAAGGACACUGUUUCACUACCGCCAAACGACCGCGAGAAUGCAGACUAUCAAUUUCUGAUCGUGAACGACAUGACCGAAAAUGAGCGCUACAAACACCUUUCCUUCGUUGAAAAGGACCCCAGCUUCCGCUUUUUUGCCGGAACUCCCUUGACAACCGAUAAAAAUAUCAAUCUGGGUUGCCUUUUUGCGCUGGACACGAAAGCCCGAGGUGGAUUGUCACCGCUAGAGAAGGAUACACUGGGAUCUAUAUCGAUGAUUGUAAUGGAUUAUUUGAGCGUUUGCAGACAGGCUUGCGAAGGACGACGAGCCGCGCGCCUUUCCCGCGGGCUCAGCUACUUCGUUGAAGGAAGCUCUAGUUUCGUGGAUAGUAUCGACCAGUCACGCACCGACAGCGUCGGUGCUCCAUCACCAACUCCGCCAUCUUCCUACAAUCGACUAAGUGCCUCUGGUGGCUCUCGUGGACAAAGCUCAGAAAACGCAUCGCAAGCACCGUCCAAUAGUCCACCGACUGAUCGAUCACUCAGUAACGACGCGCGUUCCUUCAGCUCUGUCCCGUCCGAUCUAAAAUCAGACUACGAUUCUAAGAUGGGCAGUGGUUCAAAACUGGAUAGCGGUUCAAAGGUUGAAUCGGGCAGUGUAGAGAGUUCUCUGCCAGAAUGGCUGACAAGCAGCAGCCGGAAUCGACUACCGCCCGAUGAUUCGCAAGGCAACUCCUGGUGCUUCCGCAGGGCGGCCAAUCUCCUCCGUGAGAGUCUUGACCUGAAUGGCGACAGUGGGGUCAUUUUCCUGGAGGCCAACAAUAAUCUUUUGACCGAUGCCGAUAUGGGGAGUGAUUACUCCGACACAGAUGGGCCUGCCUCUGUUCUGUCAGCAUCAACAAAUGAAGAACCAUUUGCUCCCCAGGCAGGCUCGAUGGCCACAUGCGCUGCGGCCAACUUAGACCGAUCUUUCCUACAAUUGUUGCUUCGACGCUACCCCAAAGGAAAGCUAUGGUCUUUCCACCGCGAUGGGCUUAUCUCGACUUCAGAUGAUGACGACCAACAACUCAAAGACAAGGCCCCUCUUGGCACCAGUGCCACCAGUCGGUCCCCACCUAGUGCUGUACAGCCUUCGAAGCCCUUGCGAAAACGGCGGAAAGCUGCCGAGAACUCGGUACUCAACCAAUAUUUCCCAAAUGCGGCGCAAAUCAUGUUUGUACCAUUGUGGAAUGCCGUUUCCUCGCAGUGGUUCGGAGGGUGUUUCUGCUGGAGCACAAUUGAGACUCAGGUGUUUACCACCUCAGUCGAGCUCAGUUCUGUGCUUGGGUUUUCAUCCUCUAUCAUGGCCGAAUAUAGCCGCGUUGAAUCUCUCAUCGCGGAUCGCCAGAAGGGUGACUUUAUUGGGAGUAUCUCACAUGAACUUCGUAGCCCCCUUCAUGGCAUCUUGGCCGCUGCCGAGUUUUUGAACAGCACUCAUCUCAAUGAAUUCCAGGACUCAUUGCUUGAGACUGUCAACUCCUGUGGCCGGACAUUAUUGGAUACAAUGAACCAGGUACUUGACUUCAGCAAGGUAGUAUCUUUGGAACGGACAUGGCGGUCAAUGAAACGCAAGAAAGAGCCACCACUCGAUUUCAAAGGAUCUGACAAGCUAGCCCAUCACCUGGAUACGCUCGUAGCUACCGAUGUGGCUAUCCUCGCCGAGGAGGUCGUCGAAGGCAUCUGUCUUGGCCAUGUGUACGGCCAGAGCUCUACUGCUUCAGCUGACCUGCCCGUAUUGAUGCCACAUCAAACAAAGUCGCAGAAUCAGCGGUCCAAAGUCGAAGUUAUUAUCGAUAUUUCAUUCCGGGAUUGGGUCUACCGGACUCAGCCGGGCGCUUUGCGCCGCAUAAUUAUGAAUCUUUUUGGAAAUGCCAUGAAAUAUACAGAAUCUGGGCGAGUCACCUUAUCAUUGGCAGCAUCUAGUCAAUCUGAAGGACGAUCUCGGCGGCAAGGCCUGGAAGACUUGGUCACCCUGACAGUAACCGACACUGGUAAAGGUAUAUCGGAAGAGUUUCUGCGUGGCAAACUUUACACCCCCUUUGCCCAGGAAGAUGCCUUGGCUGUUGGUACUGGACUGGGAUUGUCAAUUGUUCGCAGCUUGGUCAAGGCUCUGAAUGGAAGCAUUCGAAUCCGCAGCCGUCCAGGGGAGGGUACUGUCGUACAUGUAUCUCUUCCUCUAGAGCGGCCUGUUGGAAAGGAAAGCCCGGCCAUCGAACCAUCUGGGCAGCUUAUCCAACAGAGAGAAACCUUGACCCAAACUCUUCUCUUACGCGAGCAAUACUCUGGUAAACGAGCCUCUAUUUGGAGUACUGACCCAACCGACGUGACUACCGACUCUAACUGGUCUGAAAUCGCUCGAUAUAUUUCAGACUGGUAUGGUAUGGAAAUCGUCGCAUGGAAGCCGGAAGCCCAUAUUGAUCUUGUGCUUAUCGAUGAAACUGAGUUACCAAACUUCCGCACCAUUGCACCCACUGCCACUUUUACUGCUCUUCUCGUCCUAUGCCACAAGUCGGUGGAUUACACCGAGGCGAAAUCCGAGUGGUUGACUCUUGCUUCCUCCGUGAACAUCAUCCGGCGUCCCUGUGGGCCACACAAAUUAGCUCGAAGUGUAAUGAGAUGUCUGACCCAUGGGCAACCGAGAUCCGAGACACCAGCCUCCUCUAUGCAACCACUGAGUCUACCGCUCCGGCCAUCCUCGUUGCCAUCUGAACUCGCUUCGCCCCGCAUAUCCAAUGCCGAUUCUUGUAGCGCCCCAGGUCUGAAUUAUCCUGGAAUUCGCCCCAUGACAAUAUCACCACUGCAACAACCAUCACAAAUCACCGCAUUACCCGAGGAUAUUUCAAAAUCCCCUUUGCCAGAACCCCUGCUAGAGCGCUCAAGCAAACCUCAGCGACUGGCACGAGUGCUUGUGGUUGAUGACAAUCGAAUAAACCUCAACCUGAUGAUGACGUUCCUCAAAAAGCGCCAACUGACUGAGCUGGACCCAGCUGAGAAUGGCAAAUUGGCCGUUGAGGCAGUUGAGCGGAUGCAGAGUGGCUAUGAUAUCAUCUUCAUGGACAUGUCUAUGCCUGUCAUGAAUGGGUUUGAGGCUACUCGUGCUAUUCGCUCGUUGGAGAGGGAUACGGAUGGUCGCAAGCCAGCUAUCAUUAUUGCCUUGACUGGACUCAGCAGCUCUCGCGAUGAGUCCGAUGCUAUGGCUUCUGGUGUGGACCUGUUCCUCACCAAGCCGGUCUCUUUCAGAGAAGUAGCACGGCUACUAGAUGAGUGGGAAAGGGAUGGGAUGGUAACAGAACGGAAGAUGGCAUGUUGA